GUCUCCUAUCGUCGUCUUAUCCAUGCAUUCCUUUUAAUGAUAUCAACAACUUAGUGAGGGAAGAAGAAGAAGAAAAGGUAGAAAGAGCUUUUCGUUUUCAAUAAGUCGUUGGCGACUGUUUUUCAAGGGACUGGGUCGUUGAAGAGAUGCAAGAGCCUGGUAAUGCUGGUAGCGGUGCUAACCGUGAGAGGUCGGAGGUGCAUGACGAAAACUUGCUGGUAGGAGUAUGGAGGAGACUCUUGUCGUCGUCCUAUCCAUGCAUUCCUCUUAAUGAUAUCAGCAAAUUAGUGAGGGUGGAGAGAUGCAUGAGCCUAAUAGUGCUGGUCGCGGGGCUAACCCUGAGAGGUCAGAGGUGGGUGACGAGAACUUGUUGGCGGGAGUACAGAGGAUGUAUCACAUCACGCAUACCUCUUAAUGAUAUUAGCAACUUAGUGAGGGCAAUUGAGUGGAGGAGGCCUCUGGGAACCGAGACUGCUGGAGGAAGGCCUACGGGAAUGGAGAUUGAAUGGACGGGGCUUCUACCAACCAGGAGUUGGAGGGUUCAGACCAGAGGGUCUGAGGAGGGAACAAGAGAAGAGCCUAACGCUUUGCCUCCAUCUCCCAUGCCUGAGCCUAGAUCUCGCAUGCCUGAACAUGUCAUUGUUGAAGACAUGAACAUGGUUGCACAUACCACCACAACACCGGAAAGGUAA